AUGGGCCUGGAACGCAAUUUUGCUGGCGAUCCAAAGGCGCAUUUGGGAUACUGGGGCCCUCCCACGUCUGUCGCCAACUUUUGCGAGGAAGACUACUCGGUCACGCUCUAUGUUGGCGAGUUUGUCAACAGCUUCACCAACCUAGCAUAUGUCUACUGGGCGUUCCGUACGCUGCUGCCGGGAGAGAACCUGCUCACCCAGCCCAGCAACCUCGCUCUCUUCUUCGUCGGUGUCACGUCUCUACUCUUUCACCUCACGCUGAAAUACGAGACCCAAGUCUGCGACGACCUGUCCAUGUUCUGGGUCUGUGCAGCCCUGGUGCACGAACUGUACACGCUGGGAUGGUCACGAUCCGCCAAACUGGCCUUUGGAUCGGUUUUGACGAUCGCGCUCGGGAUCAUUAGCGGCUACCACUACGCGCUGCAUCAGCUGUGGCUUCACAACACGACGUUUAUUGCCUUGGUCACUGCCAUCUGGCCGCGGGUGCUGUAUCUUGUUCGCACUCGAUUCAAGGGGGAGGUCAAGCGAUACUGGACCGGCGAGUUCCGGGUGGGUGGUCUGUGCUUCCUCAUGGGCUUCGUGGUGUGGGUAUUGGACUCGGCUUAUUGCGGCGCCUUGCGCGAUGCCAGGAAGGCGUUGGGCAUUCCGUUGGGGUUUCUCCUCGAGUUGCAUGGGUGGUGGCAUGUUCUCACCGCCGUGGGAGCUGGAUAUUGCAUCCGAGUCACCAAGGUGCUGACGAAAGAGCAGCAGUCGCCUUGA